AUGGAGGUGAAAGAUAUGGAGUGCCUUGGACGCUCUCCUUCACAAGCCGCCUCCAUUCCUGCUGCCUUCGACGUUUUAGGUCUCAUACCAGGUGUGCUAUGUCUCUUGGCCGUCGCAGCAAUCACCAUUUGGUCGAUGUUUGUGGUCGGGACAUUUAAGCUGAAUCAUCCGGAGGUUUAUGCUAUCGACGAUGUCGGCUACAAGCUUUUUGGUGUCACUGGACGAGUGUUUUUGGGGACCACAUUUUGCAUUUACUGGAUUUUCGUUUCGGGUUCGGGGUUGCUCAGUAUUUCAAUAGCCUUGAAUGCGAUAUCCAUGCACGGAACCUGCACAUCAGUCUUUGUGGCCGUUGCCGCCAUUGUAACAUUCUGCUUGACUAGUAUUCGUACACUGGGCCGCAUAAGCUGGAUUGCCUGGAUCGGCCUUUUCAGUAUCUUGGGAGCCAUCCUCACCCUUACUAUUGCUGUUGGAAUCCAAGAUAGACCCGCAAGUGCACCACUGGAGGGACCAUGGAAAUCUGACUACGAACUGUUCAAGAAGCCAUCGUCCUUAGAAGCUGCUUCAGCAAUCUCCACUUUGGUUUUCGCGUACUCGGGUACCAGCGCGUUCUUUGCGAUAGUAGCCGAGAUGCGCGACCCUAAACAUUAUGCUAGGUCACUCACUAUAUGCCAGACCGUUGUGACUGGGGCAUACCUUAGCAUCGGUGUGGUGGUGUACUAUUUCUGCGGGUCAUAUGUCGCGUCGCCGGCCCUCGGGUCUGCCGGCGUUCUUAUGAAGAAAGUGACAUACGGAGUAGCCAUACCUGGUCUUCUCGCGUCGACAAUCAUUCUUUCUCAUGUGUCGAGCAAGUACAUUUUCGUCCGCCUGCUUCAAGGCAGUGAACAUUUGACUGCGAACACGUUCCAGCAUUGGGCUACUUGGCUUAGCUGCACAUUGGGAGCGACUCUUGUCGCCUAUAUUAUCGCCAGCGCUAUACCCGUCUUUAAUAGCCUAGUAUCCCUUGUUGGUGCGCUGUUCGGUACAUUGAUGUCGUUCCAGCCUAUGGGUUGUAUGUGGCUGUACGAUAAUUGGAAAGGGAACAAGCCGGAACGGAAUUUACGCUGGUAUUUUAUGCUCGCUUGGAGUCUAUUUGUCAUCCUUUCGGGAACAUUUCUCAUGGUGGCCGGGACUUAUGGCUCCGUUGUUGAAGUCAUUGAUAGUUAUAAAGAGUCCAGCGGCUCAGCUGCCUGGUCCUGUGCAGACAAUUCCAACUCGGUAUAG